AUGGCCAACCUCCCAGUGUACACCUUGGCAAAGAUUUUGAAGGCUUGCGAGUUUAUCUACAAGUGUGGAAAUACGGUAGACGGUUCAAAGGUUGAGCAAAUUCUCGGAGAGGGUUCAUGGGUGCCCACCAUAAAUCGAUUUGCUAAGAAGCUUGGGCUGCUUGGUCUUGACCCAUUCUCCAUGCUGGUUGUCGACCUCAUGCAUGAAUGCAAAUUAGGCACUUGGAAGGUGCUCUUCACCCACCUUCUCAGACUUCUUUAUGCCCUUCCUGGGGGUGAUCGGCUUGUCAUGGCCCUUGACACAAGGUACAGGGGAUUCAUGCAGAGUGCUGUUAUUUACUAA